AUGCUGGUCUGGCUUGGUGCAGGUGGUGCUGGCGUUUUCCUCCUGAUCAUCUGCGGCGUCAUCUUGAGCUGCACAUUGAAGAUGAAGGAGCAGGAGGAGGAUCUGGAGAAAGUGGCGGGUCGCUACCAACUCAUCACUUCCAACAUCGACGGUGGACACAAAGCGCAUCUCAAGACAAUGCCCGAAGGAACUCCGCGCCCGUUGAAAUGUGAGGCGGGCCGCUAUGAUUUGGCUGCACGCGGGUUCGCGCUCAGGAUCGAUCUCGAGAAACUGCAAGGCAAUCAAGUGGAACCCGCCAAGGAAUGGGCACCCAGAUCAUUUAAACGCAAAGUGUUGGACAGGCAGGUGGUGGCACAGAAGACUGUCGACGAGUUAGGCAAGGCCAGCUAUGUGGAAGUUGAUGACGGGCCGCCCUUCUACAACCCGAGCGCCGACGAGCUGAAGGCUUUGUGUGACUCGGUCGGGCUGAGAUUCGAAGCCGAGAAAGGAGUGGCGAGGCCAAAGGGAAGAACGAUGGUCGUCGGGGAUAUCCACGGAAACUUGAACGAUCUUUGGCGCGCGAUCCAUGCCUGGUUAUCGGAUGUGGUUGGCAAAGGACCCAAGCAAAACAUUGUUUUCCUCGGGAAUAUCGUUGAUGUUGGCCCCCGUCAACUCGAAUGUCUGGCUCUGAUCCUCGCCUACAAGACUCUCUUCCCGGACCAGAUGUGGCUGAUACGUGGCAGAAAUGAAGACGCUACAAUUUGCAAGGCCUUCGCAGAGCGCCUUGCACUUCGCGAGUACAGUGGAGGCGUGUUCCGUUUGUUUGCCAACUUGUUUGCCAAUAUGCCAAAUGUCGGACUGAUUGACGGCCGGAUUCUCUGCGUGCACGGCAUGUUAACACUCGAUCUGACCAAAAAGCUCCUUAAAAAUGGAUGGGAUCCGCAGCAGUAUGAGACCAUGAGCAAGCAGCUGAGAUGGAACGUUCCCUCCGAACAAGUCGAAUUUUGCGAGCCCAACAUGAGUCGCGAUUACGGCAACCGCUUGGGGCGCCAAGCCAUCAAAGAGGCCAUGGAGCGGCUUGACAUCGAAUUUGUCAUCCGUAGUAACCAGGUGAUGACGAACGGCGUGCAACGGUUUGGAGAUCUCCCGGUGGCCACCGUCUUCACGGCAUCCUGCUUCGAGAAAGAGAAAAAUCUUGGCGCCAUCCUGUUCGUCGACCCCGAGCAGAACGCCAUCAUGCCGAUCUUCCUCGUCAACGUCAAGGACACCAUCAAGACGCAAGAGGAAUUCGACAAGAAGCUGGCUGACGGAUGGAAAAUCGACAAUUAUGCGCAGGAGAAGAAG